CCGCUCAAUGUCGUUGACCUUCAAGCUCGCCUCUCUGGUGAUUCGUACUGUUGCCAAACCUAUAGGCUCCGCCCGAGAACAUGAAACCUUUCGUAGAUACUGUGUGGGCUUUGCUCAGGGCCUCCACCGUGUAGAUAUGCGCAUGCGAUUGGGUAUCUUACACGACGCUGCUGCUCAGGAACGCAUGCAUGCUCGAGAAGCUGCGGAGGCUGCUGCCAANAAGAGACAAUCCGAGACACCCACCGUCAAAACCGAAGCCCAACANAAGGCAGACGAUGCAGCUGCAGCUGAUCUGAAAGAGAAGAAGGCCGAAGCUCCAUCAAAACCCAGAAUCCGCCCGCUUUCCGAAAAUCGAGCUAUCGAGUUAGGCGCCAACUUCCUCUCAGAAUCUUUCAUCUUUGGUGUGGCCGUAGGCUUACUUGUCUGGGACCAAUGGCGCACGAGAAGGAAGGAGAGCACUCGAAGAGAGGGCGUCGAAGACCGAUUGGACGCGCUAGAAGAUCACACACGUCAAAUCACUGAUCUCAAGUCAGAAGUUGCUCGACUCAAAUCGAAAUACGAACCACUGCCUAUCCCCGCAGAGGACAACGACAAUGGCAACAAAACAGACGACACUACUGUCGCACGCCCAGAAUCCGAGCCACAGCCGGUGCAAAGAGUCGAAACAUCUGANACCAAACAGAAGUCCAGAAAAGAAGGAAAAUCAGAAAAUACUUCGCUGGCGGAGCAAACUCAA